CAACAAACCCUAACGAAAUUCCCAGAACAUUGUACUCAAUGAUCAGGGACGUUGAUCAUACCAGAUCAACAUGGGCACUCAAAGUUCGAGUUGUGAGGGCCGUGGAAAUGUCUGCCCAAACUAAAGGAGGUCCAAGAAUGGAGGUUGUUUUCCAUGACGAGGAGAUGUAAUUGGAAAGAUUGUUGGAAAAACACCUCCACAGACGCAUGUGAUAAAUGGCAAGCCAGAGCGUCUCAUAGAACUAACUUUGGAGGAUCCCGAGGGUAACCGUAUACGAGGCACGCUAUGGAACAACUACUGCAAAGAAUUCUGUGACUUUUACGCAGAGCACAAAAAUGAAGCAAUUUACAUAAUUCUUCAAAUGUGCAGACCAAAGCGUUACCAAGGAUCGGUGUUGGUGUCUACUUCCUACGACAUAUCUAAGUUGAUCAUGAAUGGAACGUCAACAGAGUUUGAGGACUUCAAGGCACAAUUUGGACCAGAAAAUGAGGAGGUAGCUACAGUGACCACUUUCACUGGAAACAGCAUAGGCCACGACAUGGAAGAAGUACUGAGAGGAAAUGCAAAAAUCAUACGGAUAAGUGAAUUCUUGGAUGAUGCAAAGGAUGGCACCUAUUGGAUUUUGGGAGAUAUUGUUUCUAUCGACAACUACAGAGAGUGGUGUUAUCUAAGCUGCCCUACGUGCAACAAAAAACUCCAGCCCGAAGAUGACAGGUUUAGGUGCAACAAUUGCAACAUAUCUCUUCCAGGAGGAACCCUAAGGUAUAAAGUUCCCGUCUGCAUCAUGGAUGACUCC